AUGUCCUCCCCAUUGGUCUGUCGAGCCUGUGCACUAGCUCGACGGCACGCACCAGCGAGAGCUCUACACAUUGCACCCGUCGUGCCGUCCCACCAUGCGCGCCGCUCCGCCUCCACAUCCACCGUGCCAGACCAACCAGCCUCUACGGCAAAGCCUGUGGCACGCCUGACAGAUGAUCAGAAGGACUUCCUGACCUCCGCAUUACGGGUCAACCACUCCGGUGAGCUGGCCGCCACGCUCAUCUACACCUCGCAGACACCGCCUAUAGUCAAGUCACAUCCCAAUCUCUCGCCUCUCAUGAAACAUAUGUAUGACCAGGAAGCUGGACACUUUAAGACAUUCAAUCGUCUAUUAGCGAAGCAUCGCAUACGGCCUUCUGCCCUCUACCCUGUUUGGUCCGCCGCCGCGACCGUGCUAGGCUGGGGAACGGGCAUGCUGGGGCGGGAGGCCGCGAUGGCGUGCACUGAAGCGGUAGAAACGGAAAUCGGCGAGCAUUACAACAACCAGAUCCGAGAACUGGUGAAAUGGGGAAUGGAGGCAAGAGAGCGUGGAGAAGAGCUGGACCCGGAAUUGAGGGAACUGAUGGAUGAUGUGAGAAGGAUAAGAGAUGAAGAGCUCGAGCAUCUGGAUCAUGCUGUUGACCACGAUGCGAAAGAGGCCAAGCCCUACGAAGCGCUGACAGGCGUGAUUCGUGCGGGAUGCAGGGGUGCGAUUUGGGUCUCUGAACGUGUCUAG